AUGCAGUCUACAUCCUCAGAAUUGACCUUACCGACAGGCCGCACAGGCGAGCCCGAAACUUCAGCCAUUGAGCUCCUGCAUGACCAUUUUCUUGCGCUUACUCCAGAUGGGAAAUACGUGCGAUGGUUGCGAGAUCACCCAAGGCAUCCCCGAAAUUGGUCUACCAUACGAAAGACCUACGAUAUUGCCCUUGUCUGUCUCUUGGAUCUUUUUAUAACAGCAUCUAGCACAGCAGGUUCUGCUGCUGCUGCGCAAGCCAAACAUGAGUACAACAUCAGCGAAACGCUAUCUAUAUUCCUAUUUGUCACAUUAUUUCUUCUCGGUCAGGUGGCAGGUACCAUCUUAUUUCCACCGUGGUCGGAGACAUUUGGACGAAAGAACAUGUACAUUGUGAGUAGUGGGCUCAGCGCCAUUUGCUGUAUAAUCAUCGGUCUUGUGCAUUCAAUGCCGGUUAUUAUAAUCAUGCGCAUCGUUGCCGGGUUUCUCUCCGCGAUCCCUUUUACCAUAAUCGGCGGCAGCAUCGAGGACAUGUUCAACUCGCAUGCCCGAAUUUGGACCAUGUAUUAUUGGACAGUUGCUUCGAACGUUGGUCUAAUUCUUGGACCCAUCAUGAGCAGCUAUAUUAUUGCAGGUCUUGAUUGGCGAUGGAACUUCUACAUCUUCGCCAUCAUUAUUGCUGCAAUUACAGGUGGCCUUUUCUUCAUUCGAGAAUCCCGGCCCUCUGUGUUGCUUGCCUACGAGGUGCAACGGCUCACCGAUAUGACUACCAUACAUUCAAUUCCACCACCACUCAACCACGACCAUAUCCUUGAUCUCAACACAUUUGUAAAAGAAGGCCUCUUUCGCCCAGUCCAACUCUUCUUCCAAGAGCCCAUCAUUUUCGUCGUCGCAAUAAUGAUCUCCACCGCCAUGUCCCUCAUCUACAUCUUUACGGAAGCCCUCCAACCCAUCUACGAGUCAAUGGGACUUGCAAAAACCGAGGCUUCACUGAUGUUCAUCGCCAUCGGCCUGGGAACCUGUCUCAGCGCAUUGACUCGGGUGCUAGACAGCUACAUUCUCAACUAUUUCCGCAGACAGGGACGCCCUAUCAAGCCAGAAUACAAGCUCAUUGGACUAGGCCUUGGUGGUCCGUUCCUAGCGAUUGGUCUAUGGUGGUUUGCCUGGACUAUUCCACCCGAGACCCAAACUCCGUGGAUUGUGCCCACAAUUUCCCUCGUUCUGGUGGGCUAUGCGCUAACGGAAAUGGAUACCGUGCUGUAUGGGUAUGUCUCCGAUGCUUAUCUGAGUUACUCGGCCAGUGCCACCGCUGCUAUUGCAUUCGUGCGAGCGUUGUUGUCGGGUACCUUUCCACUGUUUACGAGGCAAAUGUUUGAUCGGUUAGGAAAUAAUGUUGCUAUGUCUGUGCUUGCUUCUGUGGCAACUGCGUUUUGUAUAGUACCGCCUGUGUUUAUCUGCUAUGGGGAGCGGAUCCGUCGGGCGAGCAAGUUUGCUCAGUAUAGUUGGAAAAUUCAGGAAGAGCAGGGCAAAGAAAAAGAGGAAUGGUGA